AUGGCCGUCGACGCCACUUCCCUCCAGCAGCCGGCAGUGGCACCGGCCCGCGGCCAGGACAGCGUGCAGGGCCGGAUGCACUUUUUGGCGCGCGACCGUCGAUACGAGACGGAGAAGCCGUUUACGCUGCGGUAUGCCCCGGCGCCCGAAGAUGGGAUCCCGCAGACCAACAUUGAGCGGGUCGAGCAGCCGGUUGAGUUCCGUGACCUGCGCGGUCGUACAGACCUGCGCUACGAUGACUGCGGCUUUGCCGUGGUGCCGCUGUGCACGAGCAUGGCCUACGACGACUACGCGCAGCCGGAGCGCAUCGAGGGCGUGCACGCACCGCAGGUACUGGCGGCGGUACGACAGGCGCUGGCGGCGGCGUCGGCCGAGCUGAUCGACUAUGUGGUGCGGCGGCGACACGCGGCCUGGCCAGUGUCGACGGGACGACCGUACGGAACGCAGCAGCCGGCAUCGCGGGCACACAUUGACCACACGUACGAGGGCGGUGUGGCGGUGAUCCGCGAGGCGCACGGCGUGGAUGCGGAAGCUGUGUUGGCCCGGAGGUGGCAGCUCGUAAAUGCUUGGCAUCCUCUGCGUGGCCCUCUCGUGGACUGGCCGCUGGCCGUGUGCGAUGCUAGGACGGUCGACUUUGCUCGCGAUACCAUGGCCGGCGACGUGGUGGAUCGACACCAGGUGUUUGAGAACACGCAGGUGCACCACAAUGCCGGUCAGCAGUGGUACUACCUGUCCGGCCAGAUGCCCGACGAGCUGAUCGUCUUCAAGAACGCCGACAGCGCCGAGCCGGCCGGAGCCACACCUGGUGUCCCUCAUGCGUCGUUUGAUAACCCUCGCCGCACACAGACCGACUUCCGGCGGGAAAGCAUCGAGAUGCGCAUCCUGGUGGUGUGGUAG